AGGGCGAAGCGAGCAGAUAAGAGAACUGGCUUAUUGGAUGUCUGCUGCCUGUAGCUCCUAUUUUAUCCUGAAAGAAGACGUCUCGCUCGUUUGUUUUACACCGAAAAAACAACGACAUCGCAUCCGAGGAGCCACCGACCGGGCGGUAGCAUGAUAGUCGUGGAAGGGACUCGGAAGGAAGAGGGCCCGUAUCUGCAUUUCACUUCGCCUACACCGAAUUCAUUGAGUCGGUAACCAGCGUCCGACAUGGGGAAGGAGGUAAAUGGAGUGUCGCGGAGCCGGUUUGAGCCGCAAGCGGAGCUGAAUAUGUUGGUGAACACGAGCACCCAAACGGAUCCGGUGGGUGACAUUGGGCUGUGGAGCCUAAGCACUCGGUGUUGUUUAAUCCCCAUCCAGUGUGGGAUUUGUGUGUGUGUAGUUUUAUUUAUUUUUAACGGUGCAACAGCUGACGACUCGGAAGAUUCAAGCCGUUACCUUCUGGCCCGACAGCUGCGGGCGAGCUGCUGUGUCAAGGUCUGGUCUCUGGUUUAGAUUGAUCUUUCUAAAUCUAUGGAGGAAAAUGGAUUUUGCCAGAUUCAGCCUCAUUUGAGUGGAUUCACCCGAAUGUCAUCGUCUUACCAUCUUACAAUUUACAAUGGAGUCCUCUGUCUGUGUGUUUGUGCAUGCACAUGUAUCGUCUCUUUGUUUACUUCUUUUGUAGAUUAUAGCUUAGUAUUUGUAAUUAUUCACAUUGAAAUCAAUUAGCCGUUUGCAGAAUCUGAAGCGAUUUUUCUCAGUCACAAUAAUAUUUUGUAACUCAUUUCAGCGUACAUUCUCGGUGCAUGCUGAUGUGGACAAUUCAACAGUGUAAACAACAGGAGGUAUGGGGACCAUAUGCCGGCAAUAAAAAGAUAACAUGAAGCUGCUCUGACAGUACAAAAUCCUCUCCUGCUGAAUUUGCAUAGAAGACGCAAAUUCCAGUUUCUUGUGCUGCGUUAUCUUCUGUUGCCCCAUGUUUUCCAAGAAUUGACAUUGAAUCCAUCUCAGCAGAUGAGAUUAAGAUCAUUCAUCCUUGUUUAUAUGCUGGGGCCGUCCUUGCGUGAGAUGAGUGGGUGGAUGGGGCCCAAGCUCUGUUUAACCCUUGUGUUGCCUUCGGGUCAUUUUGACCCGAUUUAAUGUCGGUGUUCUUUCGGGAGUCAACAAACAAACAUAAAGUACCUCACACUUAAACUUGGAAAACAAUAUUAAUUCUAAUAAUUUUCUGGAGAUUUUAAUAGCUGGGGUCAUAUUGACCUCAAGGGUAAAAUAUGUUAGUAAAUAUAAAGGUAACAGGAGGAUUAAACAUUGAAUCGGGUCAAAUUGACCCGAAGGCAACACAAGGGUUAAGACAGACUGUCAGGACUGAUAUUAUCUUCUUCCUCCCUUUUCAGAUGUUCACAAAUAGUGAUGAGGCGGCCAUCAAUAAGAAGCUGCCUAAGGAGCUGUUGCUACGAAUCUUCUCCUUUCUGGAUGUGGUGACACUCUGCCGCUGUGCCCAGGUCUCACGGUCCUGGAAUGUUCUGGCCUUGGAUGGCAGCAACUGGCAACGAAUCGACCUCUUCGACUUCCAGAGGGACAUUGAGGGCCGAGUGGUGGAGAACAUCUCAAAGCGGUGUGGGGGGUUCCUUAGGAAGCUGAGUUUGCGGGGUUGCUUGGGUGUGGGUGACAGCGCCCUGAGGACUUUCUCUCAGAACUGCAGGAACAUCGAGCUGCUUAGUUUGAACGGCUGCACCAAGAUCACUGACAGCACGUGUAAUAGCCUCAGUAAGUUCUGUCCAAAGCUGAAGCACCUGGACCUCGCCUCCUGUACCUCAAUCACCAACCUGUCACUCAAAGCUCUCAGUGAGGGUUGUCCUCUGCUGGAGCAGCUCAACAUCUCCUGGUGUGACCAGGUCACCAAGGAUGGCAUCCAGGCCCUGGUGCGUUGCUGUCCGGGACUCAAAGGCCUUUUCCUCAAGGGAUGCACACAGCUCGAGGACGAGGCUCUGAAACACAUCGGGGCUCACUGUCCAGAGCUGGUCACGCUCAACUUGCAGACAUGCUCACAGAUCACAGAUGAGGGCCUCAUCACAAUCUGCCGGGGUUGUCACCGCCUGCAGUCUCUUUGUGUGUCGGGCUGCGGCAACAUCACCGACGCCAUCCUGCACGCCCUGGGCCAGAACUGCCCUCGCCUCAGAAUACUAGAAGUGGCUCGCUGCUCUCAGCUUACAGACGUGGGCUUCACUACAUUAGCACGGAACUGUCAUGAGCUUGAAAAGAUGGAUUUAGAAGAAUGUGUGCAGAUCACAGAUGGAACACUCAUCCAGCUGUCGAUCUACUGCCCUCAUCUGCAAGUCCUGAGUCUGUCUCACUGUGAGCUGAUCACUGAUGACGGCAUCAGACACCUCGGCAGCGGUCCCUGUGCUCACGACCGCCUGGAGGUGAUCGAGCUGGACAACUGCCCCCUGAUCACAGACGCCUCACUUGAGCACCUGAAGAGCUGCCAUAGUCUGGAUCGCAUUGAGCUCUAUGACUGCCAGCAGAUUACCCGCGCCGGCAUCAAGAGACUACGGACCCAUCUGCCUAACAUCAAAGUGCACGCAUACUUCGCUCCCGUCACUCCACCGCCCUCCGUCGGGGGCAGUCGUCAGAGAUUCUGCCGCUGCUGUGUCCUCCUAUGAUGUAAAGGCAAACCCCCCCUUUCCACUCCCCGUGUCCCUCGUACAUGCUCCCCGCAGCCCGUCACUUGACCCCGGACCCGCUGUCCCCCUCCUGGCGCCCCGUCAUAGACUACAUGCUGGUGUGUGUCCCCUGGAGCUGCAGAGAGAGGGAGAGAGACAAAACACGCUAUUUGGGUAACGUUCCCAAAAAACAUUCCUGAAUCUCUCCAACACACACGCAUACCAGGCUUUCUGCUUUGCAGAUACACUUGCAUACACAGAUUAACUCUUAAAAGAAUGUCUGAACAUUUCCGGUUCAGUGACCAAACCAGUAUUACAAAGAGGGUUAUGUAAAAAAUCCGAUGUAUUCACGUCUGUCAAAGGAUUUCACUCUUCAUCGAAUGAGGGACAAAAUAAUGUUCUCAUCAGAAAACCAUUGUUUUGUAUUUGAGGGGAGAGAGACACACGCUUAUGUAGCACCGUGAGGCUGGUCAUAGUUCUAGUUCCUUCACUAAAUAUAGAAAGAUCCCUCUUAAUCUCACACAGACUUCCAUCGUGGUCGCAGGUCACUCACCAGCUACCUCCGAGACGGGAAAGGCACCUGAGUAAGACCUCACGUAGCUUUUUCCUGCAGGCUGUUUAAAAAUGUAAAGAAAUACAAUGCAGCCAGUAAACUGCCGCCGCCUCCAACAAACACGGCAGAAAGCCCGUUCUGUGAUUAAAACAAACAGAAACACAUACUUGCAGCUCUUUGCACCUAUUGCAGUAAAGCAAUGAUAAGACACUUUACCAGAUGGCCAUCUCAGAAUUUAAAACUAGCAUUUUACUAACAACACGUGCGCACACACCAAUACAAAUGUUCACGCACACCGAGCUUGCUCCACCUGUCCGCUCCCCUCUCACCUCUCUCUGUUACAAUCAGAAGCUGAAGAAGAAGAAAAAAACUACAUAUUUUUCUAAAAAUGGACGCCGAUUAAGACUCACAAGCGGGGACUCGAGAAGAUGCCAAAUGUCGCAUGUAACACCUCUAGUUUUUUAAAAUGUAAUUGUAAAUAGAGUCCGCGAGUCGAAAGCCAGCGAAAACGACAGACGAUGAUGUGACGUGGCUCGGAGGUUUCCGUCUUCCUGAAGGAACAAUGGCGACGCUCACGCGCGCUUGUGUAAGCGUUGGGGCGAGAGCCGGAGCUCCGGAUGAGGCGGCACUGGACCUGGAGUCUGACCGGCGGGCUGAUGCCGGCCUGUGAAAGCUCACGGCGACAACAGGAAAGUAGUAAAAGACGCUCUUCUGACGGAAGGACGGAAUACAACGGUCUGACGCGACUACGUGAAUUCAUGUCGUCGGACCAGAACAAUGGAAAGAGAAAGCCAACCGAAAACAAUCAAAGUCUAUUUUCAGUCCCGUUUGAUUUCAUUUAGUUGCUCUUUGUUUUUUUUGCAUCGGUGACGGUUCUGAUGACGAGGAACUGAUGAACCACGCGCAGCGGUGAGAGGACGCGCCUGAUGUCGGCAACUCUUCGACUCCGAUGAGGCCUUGCAGGGGAUGGAGUUGCAGCGCCUGCCGCCCUGGGGUCUCCGCCGUCUGAGGCUGGAGGCGGAGCCCAGAUUAGACGGUGGAGGCUCUAAAAGAGGAAGUCCUUUUGAUUUACGGCCUGCUGACCAAUAUGAUGGAAAGAUUCUUGUCACAACGGAGGGCUUUAAUGGAUCGCCCCGCCCUAUGAAGUAUUGAAGCCUUUUCUUCUCGGUUAUCCUCUCCUGCACUUGCACCUGCUUUAUUCUGCGUCUCUCUUUCGUCCCGUUUCCUUUUUAUAAAUGUGUCUCUUACUGCUUUUUCUUUCUGAUUUCCUCUGGAUCUCUACCUUUUUUUUCUCUCUUCUUUUGCAUUUCUGUUUUGGUGUGGUUUGGAUUGCGUCUGUUUUUGAAGUCAUGAGUUCAGUGUCUCCGAGACGAGUUUGAGUCCUCUUCCAGUCCUCAGUUUUGAUCUGAUGGUGUUUGUGUUUCCAUUCAGAGUUUAUUGUUCCCUGAUGUCCAGAGUGUCGCCUUUGUCCAGGGGAAGUGUUGGCGCCAGUGCAAUUGAAAUAAAUGUUGAACUUUGA